AGUUUAGUGAGCAUCCUGGGACUGGUUGCCGUCUGCUAGCGACUUCCUCUUCACCAAGAUGGCGGGCGACGAGCCGGGAGUGACUCUGGGGCAGCCUCAUUUAUCCAGGCAGGAUUUGGCGACUCUGGAUGUUACUAAGUUGACACCCCUCUCGCCGGAAAUCAUCAGCAGACAAGCAACAAUCAACAUAGGCACCAUUGGUCACGUAGCCCAUGGUAAAUCCACAGUAGUUAAAGCCAUCUCUGGUGUACACACUGUCCGGUUUAAGAAUGAGCUGGAAAGAAAUAUCACCAUCAAACUGGGUUAUGCCAAUGCUAAGAUUUUCAAACUUGAUGACUCAAGCUGUCCUAGGCCUGAGUGCUAUCGCUCCUGUGGCAGCAGCACCCCUGAUGAAUUUCCAACAGACCUACCCAACACAAAGGGAAACUUUAAAUUAGUCAGACAUGUAUCCUUUGUAGAUUGCCCAGGCCACGACAUUUUGAUGGCCACUAUGCUGAACGGUGCAGCUGUAAUGGAUGCAGCUUUGUUGUUGAUAGCUGGCAAUGAAUCCUGUCCACAACCCCAGACAUCUGAGCAUUUGGCAGCUAUUGAAAUUAUGAAACUAAAGCACAUUCUUAUUUUACAAAAUAAGAUCGACCUGGUAAAAGAGAGUCAAGCCAAGGAACAGUAUGAGCAGAUCCUUGCAUUUGUACAAGGUACAGUUGCAGAGGGGGCUCCCAUCAUUCCAAUAUCGGCUCAGCUGAAAUACAACAUUGAAGUAGUCUGUGAAUAUAUUGUAAAGAAAAUCCCAGUGCCUCUACGAGACUUCACCUCAGAGCCCAGACUAAUUGUUAUCAGAUCUUUUGAUGUCAACAAGCCCGGAUGUGAAGUUGAUGAUCUAAAAGGAGGAGUAGCAGGAGGCAGUAUUCUGAAAGGGGUAUUAAAGGUGGGACAAGAAAUAGAAGUUCGCCCUGGAAUUGUGUCCAAGGAUAGCGAAGGAAAACUUAUGUGCAAGCCAAUUUUUUCGAAAAUUGUGUCUCUAUUUGCCGAGCACAAUGACUUACAAUAUGCUGCUCCAGGGGGCCUUAUUGGUGUUGGCACUAAGAUUGACCCAACUCUGUGUCGUGCUGAUCGUAUGGUCGGACAGGUUCUUGGUGCAGUUGGUGCACUGCCUGAAAUUUUUACAGAGCUGGAAAUUUCCUACUUCCUUUUGAGACGUCUUCUCGGAGUUCGCACAGAAGGGGACAAAAAGGCAGCAAAGGUGCAAAAACUGUCCAAGAACGAGGUUCUGAUGGUCAACAUUGGUUCCCUGUCCACCGGAGGCCGCGUUAGUGCUGUAAAAGCCGAUUUAGGAAAGAUUGUGCUCACAAACCCUGUGUGCACAGAAGUAGGAGAGAAAAUAGCUCUCAGCAGAAGAGUGGAAAAACAUUGGCGUUUGAUUGGAUGGGGUCAAAUAAGAAGAGGCGUGACUAUAAAGCCAACUGUCGAUGACGACUAAAUAGAAUUCAGGAUCCCACAUCGCUGCUAAAAAAAAACAAACAUGUUUUUAGGAAAAAAAAAAAAAAAAUCUGCCAAAUACCUAUAAAUUGAAGUACUACCCCACAUGGAUUAUACAACUCUCCCUACCACAGAAGCAGAUUUCAUGGUCCCAGGUUCUAAUUUAUAAUUGAGCAGAUUCUCAGCACAAAAUGAACAUUAUGACACUGUCCAGAGACCUUCUGCCUUGUGUCGCAUCAAAUUGUAUGCUUUGUUACAAAGUAAAACGCUAUGUUCUUUACUCUUGGAUUCGGCCCAGACCUCAGGACUUAUUUCAUCAGUGAAUAAAUGUCAGCUGAAUAAAUUUCAAAAGACAAAAUGCUUUACUACUCUGAUUAAUUAAAGUAAAAGCUUAGCUUGGAACAGUCAUGGUGCAGUGAGGUUAUAAAUACUAUUUUAAUGUUUGCUCAGAUUUGCUGGUAUAUCUUUGUGAUGGCCCUGUGAACGGCUUGGCACUAUGAAUAAAAUUUGUAUUCUGAUGAA